CAGAAAGGAAAAAAUUUAAACAAUUUCUUAAAUAUUUUAACAAAAGAAUGGAAGCAAUGAAAAAGAAGGAAAGAGAAAGGUUUGGGUUCAGUGAGUUAAGAAACGAGUUGAGUCGGCAUAUAUUGCACUCGACCAAAUUAAAAAUCCUAGCCCAAGAAGGAAGACAAAAAAAAAAAAAAACAGAGUAAGUGUAAUUUGUAGGUGUGGCAAUAGCCAAAAAAUGGAGAACAAGGAGGAGAUAAUAAGUCCCUUUACCUCUCUUAUUCUCAUUCCCAUCAUUCUUCUUCUUCUCAUUCUUUUCCUAACCCUAAUUUUAUACCGUGACCAAAUAAACCUAAGAAAAAACUUAGUUAUAUCUCAAUUAUUGUCCUUCUCUUCUAUAUUCUCGUUAUUUCUCUUCUCUUUGCUCUCUGGUUCCUUGGGUUUUCUCGUUUUCUCGAGUAGUUUUAGAGGACUUUGGACGGCAUAUGAUUUUAUAUGGUUAACAAAGUUUCAUCGAUGGAAGAGUGUGAUGUUCGUUUGGGUCAAUGUCAUUUUGACAAUGGUGGAACUGCUGUAAAAAGGAAAAGAACGCAAACGUCUCGUCGGCCUAAACCUGAUUCACAACCAGCUAGUCUUGAUCAUUCACCAUCGUCGACCACACCGCCUUCGGAUGAGUUCGAUAGUAGUUCUGGCAGGCAAGAGUUUAAUAUUAAUGCGUGCACGUCAAGGGUUUCUUCUGCUACUGUAGCUGCACAUGAAAAGAACCAUUUGAAGCGCAACGAGAGUGGAAGAUUCUGCAGUAAUGAGUCAGGGAGAAGUACAAAUGGUAGUAGACGCUUCAGCGAAGGUGUGCUUGCCCCUGCUAAUAGGAAAAACACAAGCAAGUUGAAGGACUUUUGCGACUCAGAGUCAGUAAAUGCAACUAAUUGCCCUGGAAAAAAUGGUGAAAGGAAAAAUUUAGAGCAGCCAGAAGUACUUUUAGAUGCUUUAGUUAAUGAAAACAAGGUAAAAAAGGUUAAGCUCAAAGUUGGUGGUAUCACACGAACAAUUCAUUCCAACUUGACAGCUAAUGGUUCGACACAGAACUCUCAGUUAUCAGAAACUUCCAGAGUUAAGCAUAAGCCUCAGGAGAAUUUAGACGAAAAUCAUGCUGUUUUAAAAAAUAAGAUUGCUUUGCGAGGAGUUCCUUGGAAGGAUUUUUCAACUGGUAGCUUUUGUCUUGGGAAAGAGAGCACUUUCAUGGGGAAAGUUUCUGGAAAGAAUGCAUCGGGAAAACAAGGAGAAAAAUCUGAAACAGUUCGUAAGAGUAAGCGGCCCCUCAAGAGACGCCUGUUGGAUGAGGAAAUUGGUGAAGACUCUGAGGAUGAUGAGAUACGAUACCUUGAGAAGCUGAAAAAUCCAAAAUUUACUGGUGGAUUUAAAGAUGAUGAAGAAUCAAGCAGGAAACAGCGGAGGCUGUCUAGCAUGUCUGAUAUUGGUGCUUCAAAAUUGGUAAAAGAUGGAAAGAAGAACUCAUCGGAUAGGGCGUCAGAGGAAAUAGAUGUUGAAGAAGAAGAUCUGGGUUCUGAAGGUGAGCUUGAAGGUAAUAAGAAGAAACAGAAAAAAGAAUCUGUUGAGGCAUUGAUGGAUGAUAAGAGAGAGAUGACUCUGACCACACGUCAACGGGCUCUUCAAUCAAGCAGAGAUGGCUCUGCAUCUGGUGCGAACUUAAUUGAGUUUCCAAAUGGAUUGCCACCUGCUCCGUCAAGAAAACAAAAGGAGAAACUUACAGAAACGGAGCAGCAGUUGAGGAAGGCUGAGGCUGCUCAAAAACGGAGAAUUCAAGUUGAGAAUGCUGCAAGGGUAUCUCAGGCUGAAGCUAUAAAAAAAAUACUGUGUCAAGAAUCCAGCAGGAAGAAGCGAGAAGAGAAAAAUAAAAAGCGCCUGGAAGAAAUAGCACAGGAGAGGGCUGCUAAUGCCCUGACUCUUCCACCAAAUACCAUCAGAUGCGUCACGGGUGCUACUGGGACGGUCGUGACAUUCUCUAAUGACAUGGGACUCCCUAGUCUAUUCUCUAAACCCUGCAGCUACCCUCCUCCGCGUGAGAAUUGCGCAGGUCCUUCCUGUACCAACCCAUACAAAUAUAGGGAUUCCAAGUCGAAGCUUCCGCUUUGCAGUCUACAGUGCUACAAGGCAGUUCAGGAACAAACGAAAGCUGAAGCUAGCUGCUGAUGGAUAAGUGCUCCACCAGCAAGUAUAUGCUUAAAGAUAUUUUUGCACCAAUAGUCUAAUAGUACAAUAAGAUAGGGUAGUGAAAUAGCAUUUUUUAAGGGAGUGUAGAUAGUAGAUGGGUUAUACAAGAGGAUGCCAGGUUUUUUGAUGUUACUAUAUAUAGCUUAAAUAUCCAUAAAUGAAAUUUCUUCUUAAAUUUAGCUAAAAAAGGUAAUGGCAUUGUGCUGUACUUAUUGCUC